CCCAUUUCGCCAUUUUAUGAUCCAUUGCUGCUUUGUUGUGAAGGGAGGACCAGCCGUAACCUUAAGAAGUAGCGUAUUAUCACUUUAUAUGGCAGUAAAAAAAUAGAUAGUGUCACUAAGUUAGCUUAUUGGUUAUUACCCGGCCAUACCGCGUAAAUGUAACUGUACCAAUUUAGCAUCGUACGAAAUACGGAGAAUCGUAGCUCAGGUUAGCUAACAUUACAUAGCUUGGCAGGCAACGUGUUUGCUGGCCGCAGCCUAUAAGACGACUGAUCGUCGGUAUUUUUUCUCUGAAACGGUACCCUCCCAGAAGACACAUUGACGACCACCGUGCAAGACACGAAGACUGAGGAGAUGGCGAGCUCAGUGGGAAAUGUGGCUGACAGCACAGAACCAACAAAACGUAUGCUUUCCUUCCAAGGGUUGGCUGAGCUGGCACACCGGGAGUAUCAGUCAGGAGAUUUUGAGGCAGCUGAGCGCCACUGCAUGCAGCUGUGGAGGCAGGAGCCCGAUAACACAGGUGUGCUGUUGCUCCUGUCCUCCAUCCACUUCCAGUGCCGAAGACUCGACAGGUCUGCUCACUUCAGCACCCUGGCCAUCAAACAGAACCCAAUGCUGGCUGAGGCCUACUCCAACCUGGGGAACGUGUACAAGGAGCGUGGGCAACUGCAGGAGGCCAUAGAGCAUUAUCGCCACGCUUUGAGACUGAAGCCAGACUUCAUUGAUGGGUACAUCAACCUGGCAGCAGCUCUGGUGGCUGCAGGAGACAUGGAGGGAGCAGUGCAGGCUUACGUGUCUGCUUUACAGUAUAACCCUGAUCUCUAUUGCGUGCGUAGUGACUUGGGCAAUUUGCUUAAAGCCCUUGGGCGUUUGGAAGAGGCCAAGGCUUGCUACCUGAAAGCCAUUGAGACUCAGCCCAACUUUGCAGUGGCUUGGAGCAACUUGGGCUGUGUAUUCAAUGCCCAGGGAGAGAUUUGGCUCGCCAUACACCACUUUGAAAAGGCAGUGACUCUGGACCCAAAUUUCCUUGAUGCAUACAUUAAUUUGGGCAAUGUUUUGAAGGAAGCCCGCAUCUUUGACAGAGCUGUGGCUGGAUACCUGAGAGCGUUGAGUCUCAGCCCCAACCAUGCAGUUGUCCAUGGAAACCUGGCCUGUGUCUACUAUGAGCAAGGACUCAUUGACCUGGCUAUCGACACCUACCGGCGUGCUAUUGAAUUGCAGCCUCACUUUCCUGAUGCCUAUUGCAAUUUGGCGAACGCCCUGAAGGAGAAAGGCAAUGUGUCUGAAGCAGAAGAGUGUUACAACACAGCUUUGCGCUUGUGUCCGACCCAUGCUGACUCCCUUAACAACCUGGCCAAUAUCAAGCGUGAGCAGGGCAACAUUGAGGAGGCAGUUCAGCUGUAUAGAAAAGCCCUAGAGGUGUUCCCAGAGUUUGCAGCAGCUCACUCUAAUCUGGCUAGUGUUCUGCAGCAGCAAGGAAAACUCCAGGAGGCCCUCAUGCACUACAAGGAGGCCAUAAGAAUCAGCCCCACAUUUGCUGAUGCAUACUCAAACAUGGGCAAUACACUGAAGGAAAUGCAAGAUGUACAGGGAGCGCUGCAAUGCUACACCCGUGCCAUCCAGAUCAACCCAGCCUUUGCUGAUGCUCAUAGCAAUUUGGCCUCUAUCCACAAGGAUUCUGGAAACAUCCCAGAGGCUAUUGCAUCUUAUCGCACAGCCUUGAAACUCAAGCCGGACUUCCCUGAUGCUUACUGCAACUUGGCCCAUUGCCUACAGAUUGUUUGUGACUGGACGGAUUAUGAUGAGCGGAUGAAAAAGCUCGUAAGCAUUGUGGCAGACCAGCUGGAUAAGAACCGCUUGCCCUCAGUGCACCCACACCACAGCAUGCUGUAUCCACUCUCUCACGGCUUCCGCAAAGCCAUUGCUGAGCGCCACGGAAACCUUUGCCUGGACAAGAUUAAUGCGCUGCAUAAACCUGCCUUUGAGCAUCCCAAGGAUCUGAAAGCCAGCGGUGGACGUCUGCGUGUUGGCUAUGUCAGCUCUGACUUUGGCAAUCACCCAACUUCCCAUCUGAUGCAGUCCAUUCCUGGAAUGCACAAUCCAGAGAAGUUUGAGGUGUUCUGCUACGCACUCAGCCCCGAUGAUAGUACGAACUUCCGUGUGAAAGUGGUCGCGGAAGCUCAUCAUUUCACAGACCUCUCACAGAUCCCUUGCAACGGCAAAGCAGCUGAUCGUAUUCACCAGGAUGGGAUCCACAUUCUGGUCAACAUGAACGGAUACACCAAGGGAGCCCGAAAUGAGCUGUUUGCCCUCCGCCCUGCACCCAUUCAGGCUAUGUGGCUGGGUUACCCUGGAACCAGCGGGGCUCCUUUCAUGGACUACAUCAUCACUGACAAGGAGACAUCACCUAUGGAAGUAGCUGAGCAGUACUCUGAGAAACUUGCCUACAUGCCCAAUACUUUCUUCAUUGGAGACCACGCCAACAUGUUCCCUCACCUCAAGAAAAAGGCAGUGAUUGACUUCAAGUCUAAUGGACACAUCUUUGAUAACCGCAUCGUUCUGAAUGGUAUUGAUCUGAAAGCCUUCUUGGACAGUCUGCCAGACGUCAAAGUGAUAAAGAUGAAGUGUGACAACAAUCAGGAACCAGCUGGAGACACAAAUGGAGCUCUGUCCAUGCCUGUUAUUCCCAUGAACACAGCAGCUGAAGCAAUCAUCAACAUGAUCAACCAAGGCCAAAUCCAGGUCACAAUCAAUGGCUUCACUGUCAGCAAUGGGCUGGCCACCACACAGAUCAAUAACAAAGCAGCCACUGGGGAGGAGGUGCCACGCACCAUCGUUGUGACGACCCGCUCCCAGUAUGGUCUCCCAGAGGACUCCAUUGUCUACUGCAACUUCAACCAGCUCUACAAGAUUGAUCCUCCUACUCUUCAGAUGUGGGCCAAUAUCCUGAAGCGUGUGCCCAACAGUGUGUUGUGGCUUCUUCGCUUCCCGGCUGUUGGGGAACCCAACAUCCAGCAGUACGCUCAAAACAUGGGUCUGCCUGGCUCUCGCAUCAUUUUCUCACCUGUGGCCCCCAAGGAGGAGCAUGUGAGAAGAGGCCAGCUGGCUGAUGUGUGUCUUGACACUCCUCUGUGUAAUGGUCACACCACAGGCAUGGAUGUCCUCUGGGCUGGAACACCAAUGGUCACCAUGCCAGGUGAGACCCUUGCCUCCCGUGUGGCCGCUUCACAGCUCAACUGUCUGGGCUGCCCGGAACUAAUAGCCCAAAGUCGCCAGGACUAUGAAGACAUAGCAGUCAAACUGGGCUCUGACAUGGAAUACUUAAAGAUGGUGAGAGCACGCGUGUGGAAGCAGCGAAUCUGCAGCCCUCUUUUCAACACCAAACAGUACACAGUGGACCUGGAGAGGCUCUAUCUGCAGAUGUGGGAGCACCACAGCAACGGCAGCAAGCCAGAUCACCUGGUCAAACACCUAACAGUAGAGACCAGUGAGAAUGCCUGAACUGGAAGCACGCAGAUUUCUUCUCCCCUAUAUUCCAACCAUUUUAACCAUUAUCAGCACCAUAGUUUGAAUGGUCAGUUUCCACUCCAGCUCCCUCUCCUUGAAUGAUUGCCUCCAUCUCUCCCAUUUGCUAUUAAUGGGACUCUUAUUUGCAAGGAGCCUACACGUGUUCACGUUUGUCCCCAUUACAUUUGUCGUUGCAUCGCACAUCUGCAUCUCCUGAGCCAGGUUGAGCUUGAGACUUUCAGGCAUCUCAUCUGAGACUCUUGCCCUAAAACACAGUAUAUGUAUUUGGUGAGCAUGAGAGGAUUGUGAAUGCCCUCCUCCCCCUUCAGUACUUGAUCAGUGGAUUUUUUUUUUUCCCUUUGUCGGUGUGCAUACAGGACUAAUUGCAGCUUGUGGAGAGAAUGCCCAGCUGUCGUUACUUGUUGAUCUAUUUAUAAAUGGAUUAAGAGUGUUGUGUUUCAAAAUGACAAUAUUGCACCAUGAAAAUUGUAACUGACUUAAGUUUGACCAGCUUUAACAUGCAAUUGUAACAUCUAAAUUGAAAAUGCUCCUUAGUUUGUCUUAAGCUGUUCUUAAAUGACUGCGACAUGUAGAUGCGUAAGUUUCGAGGAACAGGUCUAGAUGAAGACUUUCCCUCACCAAAUGCCAACUUUUAUUUUUGUUAAAAAGGAAUAUGUUUGUUAGCUGUUGUCCGUUUUGAUGUCACACUAAGCUUGUGCAAAUUUUUGAUUGGACAAAGGAACUUCAUUAAAGUCACUGGAAAAGGGCCUAAAUUUCAGUUUAAAUAGCGAGAGCCAGUCAUUAAUUGAUAUUGUUUUUUAAUCACAAGGAUCGGGCUUGGUAAGUAUUUUGUAAGCAGUUUUUGUUUUUGUAUUGUCUGUUAACUGUAUGCUGUCAAUGAUGCCACAAGGCUCUCUAUAUAUAAUAAAAAAUAAAGAGAUGGCAAAAACGG